GUAAACCAAUUCAAGUAAACUAAAAAAUGUAUUGUGCCAAUAUUAUAAAUUAGGUAUUGUAUGUUUUCAAUUUUCCUCAUCGUCCUACAUAAUAUUUGGCCACGUUUAUUUUUUAAGUCAAAUGAGGGGUAAAGUACAUUGUGGGGUAAAUUACAUUGUGCAUAGAGCUUCUGCAAAUGCAAUGAGAGAUUGUUAUGCUAAAAACUGCAUAGAGGUUUUGCAAGUGCAAUGAGAAGUUGUUAUGCUAAAAACUGCAUAGAGGCUCUACAAGUACGGUGCACAGAACCUCACUCUCUAUCUUUCAAAUUGAGAUUAUAGUCCAAUGUACCGUCCGAUCGGGAUUGUGGGACCCUUAGAGAUGGAGUGUCAUCAUUUUUUACAUUGUGCCAUAUUUGGUGAUUUGACACCAAUUUCGUGGGUGGCUAUUAACUCUUCCCACUAUAUUGAAUAGCUGUAGCAGCAGCCACCAACUUAGCUUAGCAACUCAUUAAUGGUUCAUUGACAUCAUUUCUGCACUAAUGCUCUAUACCAUAUUCAUAUAUACUCCUUCUCCAUCGCCCUUUUACUUCCAUUGCUAAGGCAUAGUGAUGGAUUCACUCUCAUUAGUGUCUUCACUGAUUUCUCCUUACUAUAAUCUCUUCUUCACAUGCUUGCCUUUCUUGGUUUCCGGGUUGAUCUUACUGCUUUCAAGAAAAUCCAAGUUCAAAAACAGCAAGCGGCCCAAUUUGCCUCCCGGACCGCCGGGUUGGCCGGUGGUCGGAAACCUCUUUCAGGUAGCUCGAUCUGGGAAGACAUUUCUGCAAUACGUGAGAGAUCUGAAGCCCAAAUACGGCCCCAUUUUCACUCUCAGAAUGGGAACUCGAACCAUGGUUAUAAUCACCAGUGCCGAUUUGGCCCACGAAGCUCUCAUCCAGAAAGGCCAGAUUUUCGCCAACCGGCCCACUGAAACCCCGACCCGGUCCAUUUUCAGCAGCAACAAGUUCUCCGUCAACGCCUCCGUCUACGGCCCGGUCUGGCGCUCCCUCCGGAAGAACAUGGUCCAGAACAUGCUUAGCUCGGCCCGGUUUAAGGAGUUCCGGGACGCCAGAGUGGCCGCCAUGGAUAGGCUGAUAGACAGGAUCGGAUCCGAGGCUGAAUCCAACGGAGGGGCUGUUUGGGUGCUGGCUAAUGCCCGUUUCGCCGUUUUCUGCAUUUUGCUCGCCAUGUGUUUCGGUAUAGAAAUGGACGAGAGCACGAUUGAUGAAAUUGACCGGACGAUGAAGGCCGUCCUGAUCGUUCUGGCUCCGAGGGUCGACGAUUUCCUCCCGAUCUUAAGCCCAUUUUUCUCGAAGCAGAGGAAAAGGGUUUUGGAAGUGAGAAAGCAUCAAUUGGAUACAAUCGUUCCGUUGAUCGAGAAGCGCCGCCUGGCGCUGGAAAAUCCCGAUAAGACAGCGGCGACGUUUUCCUACUUGGACACCCUCUUUGAUUUCCACGCCGAUGGCAAAAAAUCCGCGCCGACAAACGCGGAGCUCGUGACCCUCGUCUCCGAGUUCCUCAACGGCGGCACCGAUACGACGGCGACGGCGGUGGAAUGGGCUGUGGCGAGGCUGAUUGAGAAUCCAUCAUUACAAUCCAAGCUGUACGAGGAAAUCAAGAAUCAGGUCGGGGAUCGGAAGGUAGACGAGAAGGAUAUAGAGAAGAUGCCGUACUUAAACGCCGUCGUAAAAGAGGUUUUACGAAAACACCCUCCAACCUUCUUCGCGCUGACCCAUGCGGUCACCGAACCGACUCAACUGGGCGGGUACGAUAUACCCGUGGAUUGCAACGUGGAGUUCUUCUUGCCCGCUAUAUCGGAGGAUCCGAAAAUAUGGUCCGACCCGGAGAAGUUUGACCCGGAUAGAUUCGUCUCAGGCGAGGAGGAUGCCGAUAUCACCGGGGUCACCGGAGUGAAGAUGAUGCCUUUCGGCGUUGGUCGGAGGAUCUGUCCCGGGUUGGGUAUGGCGACGGUGCACGUGAAUUUGAUGCUGGCCCGGAUGGUUCAAGAAUUCGAAUGGUCCGUUUACCCGGAAAACACGAAGGUCGAUCUAACUGAUAAGUUUGAGUUCACGGUCGUUAUGAAGAAUCCUCUUAGAGCCCAAGUCAAACCUAGAGAGUGCAAGCCAUGCUGAUUAGAGUAAUACGAAGUAAUAAUUUUUUAAAAUUUUAUCGUAUAUAUAAAUUCAAGAUAAAUAAAAACUAAUUUCAUCGUUUAUAUAUUCAUUUCUGAAAAACAAUAUAAAAUUUUACUUAUACAUUUGUUUAUCCAUUAAAGUUAUAGUACUCAUUUCAAAGUUAUCAUUGGAGAUAGUAGAAGAGUAUCUGAUUGGUGUAUGUGGCAUUUAUGUUUCAAUUAAAAAAAGGUGAGAACUCUAUAACUACGAUUCACUUGAUUGGUCCAAUUAGGUAUAUACGAAGUACUCUUUAAUUUUUAAUGUAGACUUAAAUAAUUCAAAUGCAACAUUCUGAUUAGGCAUGGCCUCGGUUCGGGCCGGGUCGGGCUUCGGGCCGAUUCACCUGGCGGUUAUCAUGCCGGGCCGGUUCAUCAAAAUUAAGGCCCGGGAACUGGCCUUCUACAAUGUCAGGCCGGUGGCCCGAACCGCUCAACGAACCGUGGAUCGGGCCGGAACAGUGCCGGUUCGGGCCGAUUCCGGUUCAGUUAAACCAGCCCGAAUCUAUCCCUAGUUCUGAUUGGUCUAUGUGGACAAAAGUAUGCUACCUUACCAUACGAAUCUAUCUUAAAAAAAUUAC